AGAAAGCCGGGUAGGGGACAGAGGAGGACGGCAAGGCGAGCCGCUCAGUGCAGGAUCUGCUGUUGGGAUAUCAUCAGCAAGAAGAAAUGGAGGUGCCACGCGUGGCUCGCAGUGUCAGCAGCCCCACAAGCCCGUGCGAGGACGUGAUGAAGAACCUGAGCUUGGACGCGAUACAGCUUUGUGACCGAGAAGGAACUAAAUCACAGGACAGUGGCAUUGCAGAGAUGGAGGAGCUCCCUGUUCCUCAAGCCAUUAAAAUCAGCAACAUCACCUGUGACUCCUUCAAGAUCUGCUGGGACAUGGAUUCCAGAGCCAAGGAGCGCAUCACACACUACUUUAUUGACCUUAACAAGAAAGAGAACAAGAAUGCCAAUAAGUUCAAGCACAAGGAUGUCCCCACUAAGCUGGUAGCAAAGGCAGUGCCUCUACCCAUGACAGUGAGAGGCCAUUGGUUUCUGAGUCCACGCACAGAAUACACUGUAGCCGUCCAAACAGCAUCCAAGCAGAGCGACAGAGACUACGCCAUUUCUGAGUGGAGUGAGGUCGUGGAGUUCUGCACAGCCGAUUACUCUACGGUCCAUCUCACACAGCUGCUGGAGAAAGCAGAGGCCAUUGCAGGCAGAAUGUUGCCUUUCUCUGUGUUCUAUCGCAACCAGAACAAAGAGUACUUUGACCAUGCAAGGGAAGCACUGGAAAACAAGAUGCUACCAUCAGUAAAGGACAACAGCGGCAGCCACGGCUCACCCAUUAGUGGAAAGCUGGAAGGCAUCUUCUUCAGCUGUAACACAGAGUUCAAUACAGGUGCCCCACCACAGGACUCGCCGUAUGGCCGCUACCGAUUCCAAGUGCCAGCCAAGGCUCUCUUUAACCACAACACUAACCUGUUCUUCGCCGAUUUCUACUGCAUGUACACAGCAUACCACUACGUGAUCCUGGUGCUGGCACCACGUGGCUCACCAGGUGAUGAAUUCUGCAAGCAGAGGCUCCCCUUGUUGGAUAUCGCCAACAACCGGUUUCUGACAUGUGUUCAGGAUGAAGACGGGCGCCUUUCUUUCCGCCAUGCGCAGGACAUCAUCCUCGAGGUGAUUUAUACAGACCCGGUGGAUUUGAGCCUGGGCACGGUGGCGGAGAUCAGUGGGCACCAGCUGAUGAGCCUGUCAACUAUCAAUGCCAAGAAGGACCCCAGCUGCAAGACCUGUAAUAUCAGCGUUGGCCGCUAAAUUCCUAUUCAAGAGUUCCAGUCUCCUGUUUUCUUUCCUUAAGGUCUUUUCUUUAACUCUUCUUUAAUAACUUCCAUUAGGAGUCUCAAGGCUCCUUAACAGCAUGCAUCUCUCAGCUUUCUACCAAACAUUCAUCUCUUAUUGAGUUAGAUUGUAACGUAGCCCUAUUUUUUAUAUAUGUCCAUAGGCAUCAUUAAGUUUUUCCUAUGUGUCUUUAAAAAAAGUGACAUUUCCUCCUUUAAUUAUUAUUGGCUGUGAAACUUUAAACCGUGUUUUAAAGUUACAGUGUCAUAUUUUGCCAAAGGUUACAACAUAAAAAGUAGCAUACUUUUCAAGCUGAUAAUGUAGCUGGAGAUACUGUAUAUACUGAACAGGGCAAUAUACUAAGUGUCUAUUCAUAUUACACAGUAUCCGGAGCAUUGUAGACUUCGCUGCAGGAUGAUUCAGAAAAAAAGACAUCAGAACUUUUUUAAUAGCUGUUCUGCAGUGUUUGCUGUUAUUUAUUCAAAUAGAAAAACUAAUAUACUGUGUUUGACACAUAAUAAUCAUCAUGCCAAUUAGUAGAAAUAGAAAAAUAUUUAUUUUUUAACCCGUGUAUAGAAAAACAUAUGGAACCAGAACCGCACAAUACUGAGAAGUUUGGGCCAGGAAAUGGAUGCACUCUAGAGAAAGGAAUUUUCUCGAAAUCAAUUUUUGCACAAAUCGACCACAUAAACCAAUGCAAAAUUAACAUGCACUUAAAAAAAAGUAUUCAAAUAGCAAAAAUAGUCAUUGGGCCUGUGUGUCAAAUUCAGUCUGGAACACAGCAAACAUGGCACAAUAAAUCACACUUGAUUGUAGAAGAUCUCGACUAAAAAUCGAAGUCAGCUGGCAUGCAAGACACAAAACACAAUUGAAAUAAGUUGCAGUUGAAAAAGGAAAAAAAAAAACCUUACAAUUUAGACAAGAUCUGGAAUGAUUGUUUUCCUUUUGAGUGUCCAACCAUUAAACAGGACCAUUGUGGUAGAGCAUAGUUUUUAUAUAUAUAUAUAUAUAUAUAUAUAUAUAUAUAUAUAUAUAUAUAUAUAUAUAUAUAUAUAUAUACAUACACAUACACACUGUAUUUAUAGUCAUUGUCAUUUUUCCAGAGGCUUCUUAAUGUGUCACGGUCUCAUUUUUGUGGGAAAAGGUUAUUAUAAUAGAGGGACACAUUCACAAUAGGUCACAAUAGUUCACACUGCACUGUAUAUCAGUUGUCACUAAUACAAGCAUUUGUGAGCUGGUGAGUUUGCAUAUGAUUUUAAAUCUACAUAUAAGUGCUCUGUGUUUUUAAUUUUUCUUCAGCAUAAAACUUCGGUGUUUGCUCAUGACAAAGCCCCCAUCAUGAACCCUGAGCAUCGUGGUCCGAUCGUCUGAGAGCACUCUCAUUUUUUUCAAAUCAUGUAAGGAUAACAAAAACCAAGAAACCAAGAAAAUUGCAUAUUGAUUUAGGCUUUGGUUAACCAAAAAAGACAGAAGAUAAAUAUCUCUUUGAAACAGAAAUAAAUUAAGAUAAAGUGCUAUAUUUCAUCAAAUUGUUUUCUCUUUAAGAUACACAUGAUUUGUCACUCUCUGCUGAGUUUGGAAUGAAAAAUGAGCACAAAACAGAGAGUUGUAUUUACAUGAUACGUCAUGCAGUAGCCAAGUAAGGCUUGUAUUUUUUUAUUUAUUUCUUAGUUAGAUUAAACCCUGUGCCUGGGACGCUUGGGCAGCUUGACGUAGAAUCAGUGUUAAAGUGCAUUGUAGUGUUAUUAUGGCACGAGCAUGUAAUAUGUUAGUAAAAACAUAUGGUUUGGUCCAAAUAUCUAGAUCUGUAUUGAAAGGCAAUCCAGGAUAUAGUCUAUGUAAAUAGUCUAUGUGGUUUCCUGUUUGCUAAGCAGAACCUCCAGCAAACGCAGUUUGGCUUUCAGGCUUUUGUACUCUUGGUAUUCUUCUGUCAUGGGAAUCCGGUCAUCCUUUUGUGCAGUCCUUGAGUGAUUUUAGAGCAAAAAAUGAGAGAAAAGAAAAAAAGAGGAAAAAAGUGGAGAAAACAUUACUCGAGACAUUGAGGCCAUUUACACAGUAAGGAAAAAUAACCCUUGUGUUGCCUUAAUAAAAUAGUUUUGUACAUCAGUGGAUAUCAGCUAAAAGAAAAAAGAUUUUAUUUUCGGCAAAACAUUUGAAAUACUCUGUAUAUAUUUGUGUUUUUUGGUGCAUCGAGUUUUCUUUUUCCUCUCUGCCAAGUUUAUUUUGCUCAAUUGUAUUGAUGUGCAUUAAGCUAACUAUACUGAAAUGCCUCGUGGAUGUAUGUGAGUGUGUGUAUUGUUUUUCCUUUCUACUGCUGUUCACGUUUUAAAAACGGCAAAUGUAACAUGUAUUUAUUAAAAUAUGUUAACGCUA